GUUGAUUUGCUGCCUCAAGGUUAUCGCCUGACCCUGAACAUUUUGUGGCGGAUGUUUUGUUUGUUCCUCAAGGUCAUCGGCCCUCAAAAAUGUCAUUUCUUAAAAACUGUCGUGUUUUACUAAAGAGUGCGAACUCGGAUAUAGGACAGUCACCUCAACAGUACAAUGUUAUAUUGGAAAAUCGAUUUGUGAGAGGUGCUUUAUUAUUUGAUUCAGGGGCUAUCGCACAUAUCAGUACUUAUGAAUUCGACUUUCGAAAGUGCCAGUAUACGAAAGCUGUUGACGCGUAUGCAUGCCUAGGCGUAUUAGUUCCUAUGAUAUCACCUACUUCAGACUCGAGCAUUAUGGCGCCACAGUCUUAUAUUGUAUUGGUUACUGGAUGUACUUCUGUGGGCAAGUUGCCGCUCUUUGAGGUUUUUCGCAUCACCAACGUGCAAUUCAUUAAUCUGAAGUGUCAAGGAGUUGAAGAAGACAUCUACCCUGAUCUCCGAAAACUGCUGUCAUCGGGAAUGUUUUACUUUGCCCGAUCCAAUAUUGAUGGGAAACCAUUCGAUUUAACUGUUAACAUUCAAAAUCGAAGUCGUUUGGGUGAUGAAAUGUUGACUUCCAGUGAUAUAUACACUCGGGGUGAUACUGGACUAAAUUUUCUGUGGAACAAAGGGUUGAUGGGACCUUUGAUACGAGCUGGAAUCAAUCCUAGUGAUUGGUUGGUAUCCAUAAUAUGUGGUGGAUUCGAGGUUUGUACAGUCUAUUGCAGCGCUGGUCAAGCUCGAGUUGGUGUCGUAUCAAGAGUGUCAGCUCAGAGACCUGGUACACGUUUUCAUGUACGCGGGAUAAAUGAUUGUGGCGAUGUUGCUAACUUUGUUGAAACAGAACAGGUGGGUAAUUUUUCAGUGUCCAUCCAAGAUCAAUUUUACGUAUGAUAAGCACUGAAACUCCACACAAAUGUUUCAUUAACUGUUAUAACUCUCUUUCUUACGGUUAUGACCCAGCUAUUCCUAUUGCUUAGUAUUCUUGGACACCGAUUCACUCGACAAGACUCCAAAUCAGAACACGGUUGAACAGGAAAGAGAUUAUAUUCCAAAUAACAAGGUUAGAUGGAAGCAAGAUGCAAGCCAGAAGCACAAUAGGGAAAACGUCAGUAUAUUUAUAGUUUUUACAUAAGAAGAUUCCAGAGUAUUCUCCAACUAUCGACUAGUGCUGAUUGGAUAAGAAUUAGCCAAUCAGCGUGCACCAAAGCAAUCAUGCAUUGAGCAUGUUUUAAUCUAGUCUAUGUCCCGCUAACAUUAACCAAGGAAUUGUUCUAUUAUUUUUACGAAUUAUGCUUUAAUAAACGGUUGCAAGACUGUCAAAAUAAAUUUAUAGAAUGCUGGUUGCGAUGACAUGGUCGAUUGAUAACUGUUUACAAUACCAGGAUAACUCAAACUCUAGAAUGAAUUGAGAUCAAAGAUAAGACCGGAAUAAUGGGUUAUUUCUUUAUUAAAAACAUUUGAAAUAUAAGCGAUCAGGAAAUAUUGAUUUUGUAGGUUACUCAGAUUCUAAUGAAAGUUAAAUAUGACAUUAGGCCAAAUGUCCCCUUAACAUAUCAGUUAUGCUGUUGGUGUUGUUAUAUAAUAAUGUACGAUAACUUAUUGAACAUGUGACAUAUCCAUCUUUCACUAGAUCUCUUGUUUAUCAUCGUUUUUUUCCUGAAAUAUUGUGGUAGCUAUGCAGAAAGUUUUAUGAAGAAAUAUCAACUAUUCCAUAUUUCCUUCGUACGAAUAUCGUGCAUGUGAUCACUAGAGCAUAACCAAAUAACUGAAGAAUAUUGAAGUUAAGGAUAGGGGUAUACAUAAGGAACGUACGUUUAUCACUUUGUGGCUAGGAUAUCAUUCGUGUUAGAUUACUGUUUUCUUUUGAUGUACAAUGGUGAUGAGAACAAAAUUAUGUGAAAAUGUCAUAAUGUCCCAGCUCAUGAAUUUAGUGAAUAUUAGCUUUAAUUCUUGAGCAUAUCUAUGGGCUGUCUAGUUGGUGUCUAUACUAUGAUAAUAGUCGAUUAUCGAUGAUUUAGAUAUCAUGUGUACAGACUCGUUCUUAUAUUACAUUUGCACCUACAUUUUUGGUUUUCUACGAGAUAAGCAAAAUAUUACUUUAUGUCACUUGAUCCGUCUAUUAGCUUCUAUUUUUGUUUCGUUGAAAACGGUUGUAACUUACUGUUAUCCUGAUUAUUAUUGUUUUACUCUUUUUAAACAUUUUAGUAAAUUUAGUCAAACAACAAUUUAUUUCAUUCAGCUUGAUCUACUGAUAAAAUUUAAAAGUAUGAACAAGAUUCGCAGAAUAAAGUGAAUUCGUUAUAUUUUGAGGCCUCUUAUCAACUCUUAUAAUUGUAUACAAAGUUUUGCACAUUUUAAUCAGCGAUGACUAAUCUUACAAAAUAGCACAGAAAUACAUAUAAAACAGGAAGAAGAUACAAAUCAUUUAACAAACUAGUUAAGAUUGAUGAAUAUUUAUGUGUUGAAAAUGAAUUCAUACAAAGGAAGGGAAUGAUAUAAUAACUAUCGAUAAAGAGGUAAAAUGAAAGUUAAUUUUUGUUAACAAAUGAGUAAGGAAUAUACAAUCAAGCCACCUAGUUCGUAUAAAAUUCAAAUUAACGUCCGUUAGUAAAUAAAUACCAGAGGAUUGUUGUGGUUGUUUGUUUGUCACUAGUUUUCUUAUAAUGUUCAUAAUCUGUCUAUUUUUUUCAUGACUUAAAAUUAAUAAGUAGUAAAUGGCGAAAGUGAUAUCGUGUUUUUAUCUUUUUAAACAACAUACUGGCUAACGGUAUCAUUACCAAGGUUUAACUUGAUAAUUUCAAAUAUAUUGAGCAUUGGGUAGAUUGUUAUAAGUAAAUUAAUAUAUUUGUAAAAUCCCAAUGAGUAGAAAUAUUGAAAUCUCUGACGUUUCUUGACUCCGUGUAAGCCACUUCUUCAGAGAAUGAGUAAAAACUUUAUUAUAUCUUCUCUGAUGAAGUGGCUUACACUGGGUCAUGAAACGUCAGAAAAUCUUAUUUUUCUACUCAUUGGGAUUUUACAAAUAUAAUAAUUUAUUUACAACAUUAGCUUACUUGUACUUUACAUUUGUUACAUCGUUUUAUUGGUUAAAAUAUCAUUCGUUAAUACGAAGAAGUUAUCUAUUCAUUUUUCUCAAAUUCCUCUUCCUAGAUUGUAAGUUUAAAUCAAACUUCAUUAGUUUUUCAUACAUAAUUUCAUCACCAUAUCUCUCUUUGUUUUUUUUUUCAAAUUUUUUUGGAAAAAUAUUUGGAUAGUUUAUCUAUUUAGGUGACUCAGUUAGUAGUUAUAUUCAAGUUCGUGGUACAGUUCCAUUAUUUUGGGAGCAACCAGGAUUACAAGUUGGUUCACAUAAAAUUUCACUUAGUCGACCGUUAGAAAUAUCAAUGAGUGCAUUCGAACGUCAUUUUAUGAAUUUAAUAUCACAAUAUGGAUCAGUUGGUGUUGUUAAUUUGUUAGGUUGUAAACAAGGCGAAGCAAUGCUUAGUAAAGCCUAUCAGGAACAACAUAGAAAAUCGUCUUUUCGAAAUACUAUCCACCAUAUUAUAUUUGAUUAUCAUUCGGAAUUACAAUCGAAAGGUGCAAAAAGUUUAGAAUGGAUAAAUCAACAGAUCAGUCGGUUAAUUGAUGAUUGGGGAUAUUUCUAUGCAAAUGGUCAACAGGUAGAAUUAUGUCAAACUGGAGUGCUUAGAAUAAAUUGUGUAGACUGUUUAGAUAGAACAAAUGCAAUUGAAACACUUGUCGGUGUUCAAAUAAUUCUUCCUAAAAUGUUAAUGAGCCUUGGUGUAAAUGUUAAAGAUCAACACAAUGUGAUAAAUCGUUUUGUUGAUGGAAUAAAGCAGUUAUGGCAACAAAAUGGUGAUCAUGUAAGUCGAAUAUACGCUGGAACUGGUGCUUUAGGUAGUGGUCGGUCAAAACUACGUGAUGCUCAACGUACAGCUGUUCGGACGAUUCAGCAUAGUUUCUUCGAUAGUGCAAAACAAGAAGCUAUGCAUAUGUUGUUGUCCAAUUCCAGUUUACAAGGAUGGAUGAAACUUGUCGGAGAACAAUAUCUACCUAGACGAUUACUUCAUUCAACACCUAUACUGUUGACUAAUAUUUUACAUCGAUAUCCAGAAUUUAUUCAAAUUCACAAUCUACGCUUAUUUGUUGGUACAUGGAAUGUAAACGGCGGUAAACAUUUUCGUAGUGUUGCUCAUAAACAUGAAUGUGUUACCGAUUGGUUGCUUGAUUUAGCACAAACUGUUAAUCAAAACGUCAACUGGGGUUAUAAAAGCCCUGAUUUUACUGAUUCAGAUGAAUUAAAUAAACCAAUGGAUGUAUUUGCUAUUGGUUUUGAAGAAAUUGUUGAUUUAACUACAUCAAAUAUUGUUGCCGGUUCCAAACCAUCAGCUAAUCAACGUGAUUGGGGUCAGUUCUUACAACGCCAUUUAAAUCGUGAUACUGAUGAACAAGAUUCCUAUCUACUAAUUACAUCAGUUCAAUUAGUAGGUGUAUGUUUAUUUUUAUUUGUUCGUAAACGUCUUGCUGGUUCACUUAGAAAUAUUGCCACUUCAUCAGUUAAAACUGGACUGGGUGGAACUGCAGGAAAUAAAGGGGCUGUAGCAAUACGAUUUCAAUUGGGUGCCACAUCAAUAUGCUUUGUUUGCAGCCAUUUUACAGCUGGUCAAUCCGCUGUUCGUGAACGUAAUGAUGAUUUUCAGGAGAUUUGUCGUCGUCUUAGUUUACCUAAUGGUCGUAAUAUUCUUAGUCAUGAUUAUGUAUUUUGGUGUGGAGAUUUCAAUUAUCGUAUUAAUUUGUCAGGUAAUGAGGUCAAACGGUUAACUGCACAAUCUUCUUGGCUUGAUCUCCUACGUUAUGAUCAGUUGACAAUUGAGAAACUAGCUGGUAAUGUUUUUCGUGGUUUUGAAGAAGGCCCCGUUCGAUUUGCGCCGACAUACAAAUAUGAUUUAUUUUGUGAUGACUAUGAUACAUCUGAGAAAGCACGUUCGCCUGCAUGGACUGAUCGUAUAUUAUGGCGUCGCGUAAAAUUGACAUUUCCUAAAACAGACGAAAAUGGCAUUAUUUGUAUGCAGAAUAAUUCUCCAAGUAUAAAAUGGAAUCCCGGUCGUUUGUUACUGUACAAUCGGGCGGAGUUGAAAACAAGUGACCAUCGACCCGUAGGAGCGAUAUUCAAUAUAGAAGUUCAUGUGAUCUCACGACAAUCUCGACGUAAAGUUAUUUCAGAUAUUACCGAAGAUUAUGGUCCAAUCAAUGCGACUGUUCAAGUUGAUUUAAAAAUUAUAGAAAGUAAUUCAAAACAGUUAUUAUCCGAAGAUGUUAAACCAUACUUAUUAAAUGAUACAGACUUCUUAGAAAGCCUAAAGUUGAUCGGAUCUUCAAGGGAUGGGACAAUUUUACUGUUACAUUUCCUAGAUCCUCUUACUAUACUAUUGAUUUAUGCCAAUUCUAAACAGGCGUCUAUCGCUGCGGCAUUUUUGGAUAAUUAUAUUAUACCAUGGGAUUCUUCAUCAAACGGACUACCUAAAAUAACUGGUGGUUAUGAAAUUCAUUUAUCCACUUCAUUAUACAAUUCUACAAAUUGGUUAGAUCGUAUGCAAAGAUUGAUUGAGAUUUCAGAACGUGAAGAAUCUAAUAUAAAUGAUUGUCGAAUACCAGCUGAAAUUUUCAACGCAUUACCUUCAAUAAAGAAAUUAGAUAAACAACGACCUUCUAAAUUUGAUGACAACAAUGGACAAACUUCUAAUAAUGAUAAUGAAGAUUUCGAAAAUGAUAUUACUAACUUAACUAUCAACCGGGCUGUUGAACCAUCACAACCUCGUAAUCGUCCACCGCCUCCUAGACCAGCUCCACCGUUAAUUAAACAAUCCAUGAAUAUUAGUAGCAGUAUUAGUAGUAAUUAUAGUAAAGAUGAAUUUGAUGAUUAUCCAACUAACAAUAAUAAUAAUUCAGUUGAUGCAAAGAAAGUAAAUAUCUCUGAUCCUUUAUCACAAACUGAUAAUGAAAUUGAUUCUGAAUUUGAUAAAAUAUUUUCUAUUUCACAUUCUCUAACUACUUCACCUGUUCAUGAAUUUUCAUCGAAAUUAAAUACUACAAUUUCAAAUGAUUUAUUUACACCUUAUAAUGGUAGUAUUCAUAUGGUUAGCAGUUGUGUAGAUCUUAACUUUCAGGAUAAUUCAAUUUUACAACAUGAUAACAAUAAUAAAAGUCGUAUAUUAUCUACAACUGAUCUUAUUGGACUUGAAUUUGAAAAGACGAAUUCCACUAUCAUUAAUGAUACAACAUUGUCAUCUACUCAUUUGCUUGAUCCAGUUAUUGUCCCACCUCCGUUGCCUCAAAGACCAGAAAAUUUUAAGUCAUCACAUUUAGAACAAUAUUUAUCAAUUGAUGAUCCUUUUACUCUUGUAUAUUCUUCACAAAGCGGUUCAUCUACAACCAUGAACCAUGGCAAGGAUGCCGCACUUAUAAAUUUUGAACCCAUCUCUCCGACACGUGUCGUCCCACAAACGCCCUCAAGACAAAUACCACCUCCGUUACCACCUCGUCUAAAAACUGAAGCAGAAUAAUUUCACAAUCUAAACGCAGAAAUUGUUUAAUCUGAUGACUAGCUUCUGGCUUAUUUAUUCAACAGUUAACUUUAUGAGUUGUGAACCAACUUAUCAUUAUUAUCAUUCCAAUAUUUUAUAUUUAUAAUUUAAGCUCAUCUGAUGAUAGAAUCGACUUUUUACUUAGAAUUAUUCAACUAAAGUGGUGUUUUCUUAAUACGAAACGGGUUGUAACAAUGAACUAAAAACACAUAUUUAUAUCAUGAAUAAAUACAUUU